GAAAGAACACAAAGAACAUUUUUAAAGAACACGGGACAUCUCAUAUCGAGUCGAAGUAUUUUGUUUAUAAUUCUAUAUUUUUAUUUACACAAGACUAAUUUAACUUAUCAUAAGGAAAAAAGAGACUUUCAUUUAUCGAAAAUAAAAUCAUUUUAAAAUUAAACAUUGUUAUGGUAAUUAAUAAUAUCAAAAUUAAAGUUACAAUUCGCCACGCUGCUGAUAUUGAAAAAGAAAAUUUCACGAAAAAAUAAAAUAAAACAAAAGAAAACUAAAAAGAAAAACUAGAAAAGAAACAUGUCGGAAACAUACGAUUAUUUAUUUAAGUUCUUAAUCAUAGGGAAUGCUGCGAGUGGAAAAAGUUGCCUGCUGCAUCAUUUCACCGAAGCCAAAUUUAAGGACGACUGCUCCCACACUAUUGGAGUUGAAUUUGGUUCGCGUAUUGUAAAUGUUGGAGGAAAAGCCGUAAAACUACAAAUAUGGGAUACAGCUGGACAAGAACGUUUUCGUUCAGUUACACGCUCCUAUUACAGAGGAGCAGCUGGCGCUCUAUUGGUCUAUGACACAACUUCCAGAGAUUCCUUUAAUGCUUUAACAAAUUGGCUUAACGACGCCCGCACCUUGGCCAGUCCAAAUAUUGUCAUAUUAUUGGUGGGCAACAAAAAGGAUUUAGAAGAAGCUAGAGAUGUGACAUUCUUGGAAGCCAGUUCCUUUGCACAAGAAAAUGAAUUAAUUUUCCUCGAGACAAGCGCCAAAACAGGUGAAAAUGUCGAAGAAGCUUUUUUAAAGUGCUCCAAAACAAUUUUGGCCAAAAUAGAAACCGGCGAAUUGGACCCCGAACGCAUUGGCAGUGGUAUUCAAUAUGGUGGAGCAGCUCUAAGAAAUCUCGAAAACAGACAACGAAGUGUUAAUAGACCAGAUUGUGGAUGUCGGUUAUAAGUUGCGUAUGCAUUUAAUAUGUUUUUUUUAAUGCAAAACUAAUUUUACAUUUAAUAUUAUAAAUUAUAACUAUGUUUAAGAAAUAUGGUCUUUGUCCUAAAACAAAAAAUAUUCAUUCCUAAUUGUAUUAUUUUGCUAUUGACAUAAUUUUCCUGUAUCAAAUCAUUCGAAAUCGAAUGAAUUUAGUUCCAAUUUCCUUAAAUCCUUCGUUUUAUUUGACACAACAUAGUAGAAUUUAUUAAACAACAAAAUGAUUUUUAUUUUAUUUAAGAAAAAAAAAAAUGUGAUUUUUUUAAUUAAAUUGGUUACGAUGCCAGUUUUUAUGUUUAAAAAUAUAUUGAGUCUCUCUUUAAUUUGUAAAUUGUUAAAAAUAUUAAAAAAAAAAAAACAAUUCAAUAUUUUUUAAUUCAGAAUUAUUAUGGGCAAUUUAUGUUUUAAAUACCCAAAUAAUCUUUAGGACCUAAUCAAAAAUGUAUGAUCAAAAAAGAAAAUACUUUCUGCAUGGGAAAUGUAUGAAUAAAUUAUUGUUUUUGUAAAUAAAGCUUAAUUUCUUCCUGACAAAGAAAAUGUUAUUUUUAGAACAAUAAAACAAAUAAGACGUUAUAACAGAAAAUAUA